GUGCCAGUGAUCUGUGUAUUAAUAGUCGAGCUGUUGGCUUUAGUAUCACCCGGCUGAUAUCUCAUGAAGAUGCCUGGAGAGAAGGAAAAAGUUCCCUUGAUCGACCUGCUGAUAACGGCUAUCAUAGACAACGAUAUGAAGACAAUGAAAUCAUUGCUGAGCAAAGGAUUCAAGCUGAACGAAGUGAAAGAUAAGAAGGGGUGGACUGGACUCCACUGGGCGGCUCUUUCAGGGACCCUGGAGAUCGUCCAGGAACUAGUAAAGGCAGGGGCCUCUUUCAAGAUCCAAGACUCCAGCGGGGAAACUCCACUUCACAAGGCAGCUUUCUCAGGGAACAGGACGGUGGCUGAGUACUUACUCUCGCAAGGCGCAGAACCAUUAGCCGUCAACGGAUCAGAAGAGACUCCACUGUUCAAGGCGGUGAGCGGAGGGCACGUCGACUUGGUCCAGAUGUUCCUGGAGAAGGGUGACAGCGUCAAUAGGAAGAACAGCAAAGGAUCGACUCCUCUUCAUCGUGCGGCUUUCGAGGGGAGGGAGGCGGUGGCAGAUAUACUGCUCUCUUCGGGCGCGGAUAUGGAGUCGAUUGAUCAGUGGGGUAUGACACCUAUCUUCGACGCCGCUGGCAAAGGGAAAGUGGGAGUGCUACAGCUGCUCAUAGAGAAAGGAGCCAAGGUGAAUUACACAACACACGAUGGGACCACCCCCCUGCACGCGGCAGCAGCCCACGGGCGCAAGGACUCCAUCAGCAUCCUGGCAGAGCACGGGGCGGAGGUGGACAAGCCGGACACCGUCGGGGACACGGCACUCCACGAGGCGGCCGGCAGGGGGAGGAUCGAGGCGGUGAAGGAGCUCUUGUCGACCGGAGCCUCGGUGGACACGGUGGGCUGGCUGCGGAGGACCUCUUUGCACCUGGCCGUGGCCGAGGGGCGGUCGGAGGUGGCGGCGGUGCUCCUGGCCCACGGGGCUGACCCCACCCUGAGGGACAGCCUGGGGCAGAGCCCUCUGGAGGUGGCGAGGAAGGAGGGCCACAGGAUAAUGGUGGAGAUGCUGGAGCAGGCCACUGCCAGGGAGGCGGGCCAGUAGUGGCUGCCUUCCUCUUGAGCUGACGAGGCUGUGAUUUAGUUGCAG